AUUUUAAUUUUUAACUCAGAUGACACUUCGUCUUUCACACGACUCAAACGCGAAGCUCAGGUAACCGCUGAAUUAGCACACUCGAUCGUGUGACCUGCUUGUAAAUAUUGUUUAGUUCGUAAAGUGACUGAGCAGUUACAGGCCUAACCUGACUUACUAUAUUGGCUUGGCAACACACGUGAAACAUACGUCAGGUGGAUACGCUCUACAAUUACAACGUACGCCGCCGGCGCACGUCGAUCGGGAUGCGGAAAAGAUUUCAAACGAAUUUGCCUGUGCUAAUGUCACAUCCGAACGCUGCCUAGCUCGUGUUAUCAAACCCACUGAUUUGUAUACUCGCAUUGAGUGCGCAGUGCAGUACCGUCAUCGGCCAGUCACGGCAGGAUGUUGUCGUUGGAGCAAUUGUCGCAAAUAGUAAAGGAACAUCUCGGACUCUAUAUGCUUAUUGAGGGUACACAAUAUACCAGCAAAUGGAUUAUUUCUGAAUCGGCACUCGGUGGUCGAGGAAUAUUUGCGACCGAAGACAUAAUGCCAGGUGAUGUACUCUUUGUGGAUCACCCUCUCAUCCGCGGUCCGCGAUCUGGAACAACAAUACAAAGAGGAUGUACCAUUUGCAACAAACUUGACGGUGAUGAGUUUUUUAAAUGUCCCAAAUGUGGCCUGUUGCUAUGUUCUGAACAAUGUCAAAACACAAACAGACAUGGCGACGACUGUGAUAUCAUAGGUGGAUGGACUAAGAAAGUACCUACCGAAGAAAUUGAUGAUACGCUUUUAUCGAGAGCAUUAACUGCCAUCAGAUCAUUAUUAUUGAAUGAAGAACAAAAACAACUUAUGCUUUCACUGGUAGCACAUAUGGAACCACCGCAUGGAAGUGAGAUAACGCGUCUCAAAAAGUAUUUUGACUUUUCAGAUGAAGAUGAACAAAUGAUGAUACUCGCAUGUUGCGCUCUUGACGCAAACGCAUUCCAAAUAGCAUCCCCUUUUGGUGUUAAAGAAAUGAGUACAAGAGGUUUAUAUCCAGUCGCAGCACUUAUGAAUCAUAGUUGUGUAUCAAAUACGCGGUACACAUUCAAUAGUGAUUUACAAAUGACGGUCAAAGCUGUAAAACCGAUUAGAUCUGGAAGUGAAAUAUUUACUUGUUACUCUGGAAUAUUAUGGGGAACACCUGCCCGGCGAACUUACCUCUACAAAACGAAACAUUUCUUGUGUAAGUGUGAACGUUGUGCUGAUCCUACUGAACGUGGCACGCUCCUGGCAGCUCUCAAAUGCUUCGUUACGGAAUGCCCUGGCUCUAUGUUGCCUGUAGAACCGCUAAAACUAUCAACACGUUGGCGAUGUUUAGAGUGCGGUUUAUUUGUCCCUAAUAAAAAUAUUUGUGCAGUGCAAGGAGCUCUAGGAAGUUUAAUGGGCACUUUAGACUUUGAUAAUGUCAAUGAAUUAGAAUACUUUCUCCUCAGACGAAUUAUUAAGUUCAUCCCGAAGACAAAUCAAAUAGUGGUCGACCUCCAGUGCCGCCUUAUAUGGGAACUUGGAGAGUCUGAAGGACUGCGUUGGCAUGAUAAGUUUCGAACAUAUAUAGGUACAGUAAACACUUGUCACGCUUAUAUAUUUUUUAACGUAUACCUUUUAUAA